GCAGCGGAGGGGCACUCGCUCGCAGUUGAGGAGGCGCCACUGCUGCCCUGGGCUUUGGGCCUCCUGGCGGCCGCGCUGCUAGGGCUGGCGGCGCUAGCCAGGGGACUGCAACUUAGCGCUCUGGCCCUGGAGCCCGCCGAGGUACAGGUGCUGCGCGAGAGCGGCUCGGAGGCGGAGCGGGCGGCCGCGCGGCGCCUGGAGCCCCUGCGGCGCUGGGGAAGCUUCGCCCUGUGCGCCCUGUUGCUGCUGGCCAGUUUGGCACAGGCCGCACUCGCCGUGCUUCUCUAUCGAGCCGUGGGUCAGAGAGCUGUGCCCGCCGUGUUGGGCAGUGCGGGCCUCGUCUACCUGGUGGGCGAGGUGGCGCCUGCGGCCAUCAGCGGCCGAUGGGGCCUGAGCCUGGCCCCGCGCGCAUUGGGGCUCACCCGCCUGGCUGUCCUGCUCACUUUCCCUGUGGCCUUGCCCGUGGGCAAGCUGCUGGAGCUCGCCCUGCGCCCGGAAGGCGGGCGACUGCGGGAGCGUGUGGUGGAUCUGGCCCGUGGCACUGAUCCCUACAACGAGUUCGUGAGGGAAGAGUUCAGUAAGGGGGCCUUGCGGUGCAAAACGGUAGAGGACGUGCUUACCCCUCUGAAGGAUUGUUUCAUGCUGGAUGCUUCGGCCGUGUUGGACUUCAGGGUCAUGUCCACCAUCAUGCAGAGCGGCUACACCCGCAUCCCAGUGUAUGAGGAAGAACGCUCCAAUAUCGUCGACAUGCUCUACCUCAAGGAUUUAGCCUUAGUGGACCCGGAGGACUGCACUCCACUCAGCACCAUUAUCCGAUUCUACAACCACCCACUCCACUUUGUCUUCAAUGACACCAAGCUGGAUGCUGUCCUGGAGGAAUUUAAACGAGGUAAAUGGUACUGCCAUUUCAGGAGUCAUGGCAUCUUCCUGUAG